AUGCAAUUACCGAGCCGCGAAGUGACGAAACCAAGGUCGGAAACAGCGGAAGCAUUGGUCUUUAGAGAAACUCUAAUGGAUGAUGAUGAGUCCACUUUUGGGAAGAAAAUUCGAGUGGAAGUGUUUCCAGAAAAGACUCCGAGAGUGGUGGAAGCAGCCCUUGUUGAGGGAACUCCAUCAAACCAACUAAAGCAAAUUACAACAGAAGAGAAAAAUUACUCUCAACAAGAUUUUAUAAUAUGGGAAAGACAGGAAAAUUUCAAGGAGCAAAAUUUAAGUGAGUGGUCAUCACCACUAAAAUUAUUGAGUCAAGAUAAAGAAGCAUUGUUGAAAGUUCCAGUUUUAUUUGCUUCCUUCGAUCAAACGAGCCGAUUAGCUUCUGGAUACGGCGCUUGUUCCGUGAUAGCAAUAUUCAUUGCUCACUGGCUUCACUGCAACCCAAAAUUAAUGCCCACAAGGGUACAAUUUGAAUCCCUAAUCCUCGAAGGCUCUUCUGAGUGGCCAGCACUCAGCAACGAAUCCUCUUAUUGCCAGAACAAAUUUUCUAACAAUCACUUCGAUAUAGAGACUGUGAUAAAUGCUGGUAUCAAACCAGUCUCUAUUUGCACAGAUAGAUCAGUUACGGGGAUGUUCGGGGUUGAAAAAAUCAACUUGUUGAAAGAUAUGUUCUCUUUAGACAAUAUGUGGGAGACCAUAACUAAAGAUUUAACAACAGAGCCAAAAAUUUUCGUCGUGGGUUGGAACGAUCACUUCUUUGUCUUAAAACUAGAACUUCAUGUUUGUUAUAUUAUUGAUUCAUAUGGAAGUAGAUUAUUUCGAGGGUGCAACCAAGCUUGUAUGCUAAAAUUUGACGAUUCAAGUGUAAUUUACAGCACCGAUCAACAAAUUCUUUGCACAGGCAAAGAUUGCUGCAAGGAAUAUAUGAGAAUGUUUUUAAGUAGUAAUAUUGUUAUGAAACUGGAGAAGGAAUACAAGAGGGGAUACAUUCAAUUACCUUAUCUAUAUGAGAAGUUGCAAGUAGACAUGAGCUAUAUGUGCUUAAAUGCUCCAUCGCCAGUAUCAUCUUCAUCGACGUCUUCCUAUGAUGCCCCAUCUUCCCUUCAAUUGUGA